CCCCCCCCCCGCCAAACCGCGACAGACCCCGACAGCGCCGGGAUCGGAGCGGGCAGAGCCGCUGCCGGGCGCGACAACACCAGGACAGACCGACACCGACAGACACCGGCACCGACACCGGCACCGGCACCGACAGCGCCGCCCCUCUGUCACCAGGAUGCUCUCCACGUCUCAGCCGAGCCCGGAGCUGGUGCCCAGCCCGGAGGAGCAGGAGUGGGCAGGACCCGAGGCGCUGUGCCCGGGCUGGCUGGAGGACGAGGCCCCCGAUGGCGAAGUGCCCGGGGACAGCGGGGACCCCGACUCUGCCACCCACGCCUACGAGCGGCUCCAGAGCGCCCUGUGCCAGGAGGGGCUGCCCCCCACGCUGGACUGCUCCGCGGAGCCCCGCACGGGAUUUGGCCCUCUGGACAUGACCGUUUGCAUCCUGGGCUCCCCCACCCCCUUCCUGCCUGUCCUGCUGGAGGGUGGUACCCGCUGCCCAGGUGCCAUGGUGCUGUGCCUGUCCCCCACCUGGGCCAGCCGGGUGCCAUCGGAGGCGACCCCAGGCGCCUGGUCCCUGCUGCUCUCCCGGGGUGUCUCCUUCAAGGUGGGGGGGCACAGCGCUCUGGAGACCUUCGUGCCCCCCCGCCGCGCCAACUACGUGACGGGCACCUUCGCGCCGGGGGACCCCGAGGGCGGCUGGGUGGGCGAGCUGGCCCGUGACCUCGACUGCCCCACGGGGGGCUCGGUCCCGCUCGCCCACCGGCUCGAGGACACGCUGGUGGCCCGCUGGGUGCUGGCGGCUCGCGCCAACCUGCCUGUGCCCCCCACCCUGGCCUUUGUCCUGGGGGCCAGGGGCGACCUGCCCGCCGAGCCCGUGGCCCCCGGGGUGAGGCUGGUGCGGCUGGAGGACCCCCAGGGCCAGCAGAGCCUGGUGCAGGAGGAGGUGGGCGCCUUCCUGGGGGGCACCGCCAUUCGCCCGGGGCCACCACGGUGCCACAGGGAGUCCCAAAAGCCCGCAGAGGAGCGAGAGGUCUGGCAGGGCCGCCCCGUCCCCGUGUGGCGGCCGUGCCUGCCCUGUCCCUUGCCCCCCAGGAGCCCAGCCCCGCGGCUGCCCAUGGCCCUGCGCAUCUGCACCCUCGUCUGUAGGUCCUGGGGGGACCGGCCCCAGCUCUGCCAGGUGGCCUGCGCCGUGGGACGCGCGGAGAGCCCGGUGCGUCACGCCCCGGUGCCCCCCAGCCAGCGGCAGGCGCUGGCCACGCGGCUGCGGGAGGCCACCGAGGCCGCCAUGGCCGCCCUCCUGGCCACCGAGGCCGAGCUGAGCCCGCAGCAGCGCGGUGGCACCCGUGCCCACACCGACAUCCUGGGCGUGGACUUCCUGCUGGCGUGCGUGGAUGACGCGCUGGAGCUGGUGGCCCUGGCCACCAACAGCCAGCGGUGCCUGGAGACCUGCGUGCUGGCCGAGGCCAUGGGGCGCGGCGUGGGCGAGCCCCGCGGGGACCUGCCGCGGCUGCUGGCCAUGCUGCACCGGGCGCAGUGCCACCUGGUCGAGGGCAAGGACAUCCUGCUCAUCGGGGCCGGGGGCGUCAGCAAGAGCUUCGUGUGGGAGGCGGCCCGCGACUACGGGCUGAGGAUUCACCUGGUGGAGUCGGACCCAGAGCACUUCGCGGCGGGGCUGGUGCAGACCUUCCUGCCCUACGACAGCCGGGAGCACCGGCGGGACGAGGAGCACGCGGAGCGGGUGCUGGAGCUGCUGCGCUCCCGGGGGCUGCGGCCCCACCCCGGCGUGGGCGUGCGGCUGGUGGAGAACGCCGGGCAGUGCCACGCUCACGCCGCCCGGCUCUGGAGGGACCUGCGCGACGACGCCGACCACCCGGGCAUCGGGCUGGGCUGGGGCAACGCCAUGCUGCUCAUGGAGUACGUGCCGGGCACCGAGCACGACGUGGACCUGGUGGUCUUCGAGGGGCGGCUGCUGGGCGCGUGGGUGUCGGACAACGGCCCCACGCGUGUCCCCGCCUUCCUGGAGACGGCGGCCUGCCUGCCCUCCUGCCUGCCCGCCGACCGGCAGGCGCAGCUGGUGCGGGCGGCGCUGGAGUGCUGCCGGGCGUGCGGGCUGCGCGACGGCGUCUUCAACGUGGAGCUCAAGCUGGGGCCGGCGGGGCCGCGCCUGCUGGAGAUCAACCCCCGCAUGGGGGGCUUCUACCUGCGCGACUGGAUCCGCGAGGUCUACGGCCCCGACCUGCUGCUGGCCGCCGUGCUGGUGGCGCUGGGCGUGGGUGGGGGCAGCCAGGACCCCCCCCGAGGCACCCGAGGCCUCCCCAUGAGAGCAGCAGGUGAAGCUUCAGGUGUGUUGGCCCCUGCUGGCAUGGGGAGACCCUACAAUAACAAACCAUUAUGA